AUGUCUUCCGAGAACGCGCAAUCCCUCAAGGUCCUUGACCAGCUCAUGCAGCAACUCACCAUCUCCAAGGAGGCUCCUGCCAUCAAGGAGGCCUCUGCGGCUCUCGCGUCCUUCAUGAAUGGCCGCAUCGAGGACAAGGAUGUCCCCAACAAGACCAUCGAAGCCCUCCAGAAGCAGCUCGCUAGCAAGAAGGACGCCCUCGCCCGUGAAAAGGCUCUGGUCGCCAUCAACGCUAUUGCCAAGCACGCCGAGGUUUCCGCCCACGUCGAGCCUUUCCUCGUCGCUCUUCUCCCCGCCGUCUUCGCCGCCGCGGCUGACAAGAUCGCGGCCGUCAAGAAUGAGGCCACCGCGGCUGCCCUCGCCAUCAGCGAGGCCAUCAACCCCAAUGCCGUCAAGUCGGUUCUCCCCCCCGUCAUGAAGUCCAUCACCUCCGCCCAGAAGUGGCAGGAGAAGAUGCUCGCCCUCGACUUCCUCGACGCUCUCAUCAAGUCCGCCCCCACCCAGGUCUCGUACCGUGUGCCCGACUUGAUCCCCGUCGUCUCCGAGUCCAUGUGGGACACCAAGAAGGACGUCAAGGACCGUGCCUACAAGACUAUGGAGAAGCUCUGCUCUCUCAUCGUCAACAAGGAUAUUGAGCGCUUCAUUCCCGAGCUCAUCAAGUGUAUCGCCAAGCCCGAGAACGUCCCAGAGACCGUUCACUUGCUCGGUGCCACUACUUUCGUUACCGAGGUCCAGGAGCCCACCCUCGCUCUCAUGGUCCCUCUUCUCGACCGUGGUCUUGCUGAGCGUGAGACCGCCAUCAAGCGAAAGUCUGCCGUCAUUGUUGACAACAUGUGCAAGCUCGUCGACGACCCCAACAUUGUCGCUCCUUUCUUGCCCAAGAUGAUGCCCGGUCUCCAGAAGAACUACGAUACCCUCGCUGACCCCGAGGCUCGUGAGAAGACCAAGCAGGCCCUCGAGACCCUCAACCGUGUUGGUGGUGUCAAGGACGGCAAGAUCCCCGAGGUCCGCCUCGACGGUGACGUCUCCGUCGUCCUCGGCAAGCUCAAGGACAUCCUUGCUGGCAAGCACGCCGCCGUUGCUGCGAAGCUCGCCCCCGUCCUCGAGUACGCCUCAGCCAUUGCCGGCCAGCUCAUCGACGAGAAGGAGACCGACGCCGCCUCGUGGGCCGAGAACAUCAAGCCCUACAUCACCGUCGUUGUCGGCGAUGCCGACUCCGACUCUGUCGUCGAGACCCUCCGCAAGCGCGCCUCCCCCGGUGCCGCUGAUGCUGACGAGGAGGAGGAGGAUGACGAGGAGGGCGAGGACCUCUGCAACUGCACGUUCUCUCUCGCCUAUGGUGCUAAGAUUCUUCUCAACCAGACUGGUCUCCGCCUCAAGCGUGGCCAGCGCUAUGGUCUCUGCGGCCCCAACGGCUCCGGCAAGUCUACUCUCAUGCGUGCCAUCAACAACGAGCAGGUCGAGGGCUUCCCCAAGCAGUCCGAGGUCAAGACCGUCUUCGUCGAGCACGACUUGGACUCUGCCGAUACUGAGAUGACCACCAUCGACUGGACCAUGAAGAAGCUCCAGGAGGCCGGUGUCGAGACCUCUCAGGAGGACGUCAUCAAGCAGCUCGUCGAGUUCGGCUUCACCGACUCCAUGAUCCAGGGCGAGAUCACCGCCCUCUCUGGUGGUUGGAAGAUGAAGCUCGCCCUGUGCCGUGCCGUCUUCGAGGCUCCCGAUAUUCUCCUCCUCGACGAGCCCACUAACCAUUUGGACGUGAAGAACGUCAAGUGGCUCGAGGACUACCUCAUCAACUCGCCCUGCACCUCCAUCAUCGUGUCCCACGACACUGGUUUCCUCGACAACGUCACCCAGCACAUCAUCCACUACGAGCGCUUCAAGCUCAAGCGCUACAGGGGUAACCUCAAGGAGUUCGUCCGCAAGUGCCCCUCGGCCCGCUCCUACUACGAGCUCGGCGCCUCGGAGAUGGAGUUCAGCUUCCCCGAGCCCGGUUUCCUCGAGGGUGUCAAGACCAAGGCCAAGGCCAUUCUCCGUGCCACCAAGAUGAGCUUCCAGUACCCCGGUACCGUGAAGCCCCAGCUCACGGACAUCACCUUCCAGUGCUCGCUCGGUUCCCGUAUUGCCGUCAUUGGCCCCAACGGUGCCGGCAAGUCCACCCUCAUCAACGUCCUCACUGGUGAGCUCAUCCCCACCUCGGGUGAGAUCUACCAGCACGAGAACAUGCGUAUUGCCUACAUCAAGCAGCACGCUUUCGCGCACAUCGAUAACCACUUGGACAAGACUCCCUCCGAGUACAUCCAAUGGCGAUUCCAGACUGGUGAGGAUCGCGAGACCAUGGACCGCGCCAACAAGGUCAUCACCGAGGACGACGAGCAGGCCAUGAACAAGAUCUACAAGAUCGACGGUACGGACCGCCGCGUCAUCGGCAUCCACUCUCGUCGCAAGUUCAAGAACAGCUACGAGUACGAGUGCUCCUUCAGCCUGGGUGAGAACGUCGGCCAGAAGAACGAGCGAUGGACUCCCAUGAUGACUGCCGACAACAAGUGGAUCCCCCGUAGCGAGAUCCUCGCCACCCACCAGAAGCUCGUUGCCGAGGUCGAUAUGAAGGAGGCCCUCGCCUCCGGUCAGUUCCGUCCCCUCGUCCGUCGCGAGAUCGAGUCCCACUGCGCCAACUUUGGCCUCGACGCCGAACUCGUCUCCCACUCGCGCAUGCGUGGUCUCUCCGGCGGUCAGCGUGUCAAGGUCGUCCUCGCCGCCUGCUCGUGGCAGCGACCCCACUUGAUCGUCCUCGACGAGCCUACUAACUACCUCGACCGCGACUCGCUCGGUGCCCUCUCCAAGGCGCUCAAGAAGUUCGAGGGUGGUGUCAUCAUCAUUACUCACUCUGCCGAGUUCACCAAGGACUUGACCGAGGAGGUCUGGGCCGUCAUGGACGGCAAGAUGACUCCUUCGGGCCACAACUGGGUCCAGGGCCAGGGCAGCGGCCCCCGCCUCAAGGCCAACGAGGAUGAUGGCGAGGACAAGUUCGACGCCAUGGGUAACAAGAUUACUGCGGCGAAGAAGAAGACCAAGUUGAGCAGCAACGAGGCGAGGAAGAAGAAGAAGGAGCGCAUGGCUCGCCGCAAGCGUGGUGAGGAGGUCUUUAGCGACGAGGAUGACUUGUAA